AAUACCAAAAUCACCCCCAAACAAAUACAGAAAUUUCAAUUAGACCCCUCCGAUAGAUUCAUUCACAAAAAUCCCUCAACCAUGGCCUUGCCAACACCAAAGAUAGAAAUCUUCUGCAAACCCAUAUCCGCUCUUUUUACAAACUCUCUGCAAUUUCCAGCUCAAGAUAUUUCAGUUAUGGCGGGCUAGUUCACAGUGAAGGUAAUUUCGCGCCUUUUCUUUUUGAGGAUUUUUUUUUUUACUGGGUUCAUGGAAUGUUCUUAGGGGUUGUAGAAAUAUGGCGUCUUUUCCUAUUUCUUGGAGUGAUGGGCUCUUGAUUGCACAAAAAAGAUUGAAUCUUUCUGUCGGAAAAUCCCAAACACUGUCCGAGAAUCGAUUUACCUUUCUUUCUAGUCCUUCUUUACUGAGUUAUUCCUCUUAUAAACCCCACAGUAGGCUGUUGUGUAGCAACAAGAUUAAGCUAGUGGUCAAUGAUAAGAUAAUUGUCGACACUCAGUUGGUGGUUAAAGGGGGAAAUAAUAAUAAUAAUAAUAAUAAUAGUAGUAGUGGUGGUGGUAAUAGUAAUGAAUUAAGGAGGAAAUUUUCGCUGAGAUUGCGCCCUAGGUUACGAUUAUUAUCGAGGAGAUUGAAAAGGGGUUCGAUCAAGUCGGUGCUCGAUGGGUUCGCAACUUUUUUGCGGAAGAAUAUAAAAAAAGUGACGUUUUCCACUUCGGUCUCGGUUGUGUUGGGCCUUUGCUUCUUGUUUCUCAAAGUAACCGCAAUGCCUACUCCGAAAUCGGUGCCGUAUUCUGAUUUGAUAAGCAGCCUUCAAAGUGGAGGUGUGGCUAAGGUUCUGUUCGAAGAGGGCACUCGUCGGAUAUACUACAAUACGAAUUUAUGGAGCGAGAAAGAUUCCGAGAAUGCGGUAGAUUCUGGGAAUAAUGUAGAUGGAAAAGAUACGUCGGUUAAGAAAAAAAGUCGAAAUUCGCCACCCGCUUGGGAAUUUUUGACGAGAAAGAUUGACCAUGACGAGAGUUACCUUCUGAGUCUUAUGAGGGAGAGGGGAACUUCGUACGGCUCCUCGCCUCAGUCGGCUUUGAUGUCGAUGAGGAGCAUGUUGAUCACCGUGUUGACUUUAUGGAUUCCUUUGACUCCGCUGAUGUGGAUUCUUUACCGGCAACUUUCUGCCGCCAAUAGUCCGGCCAAGAAGAGGCGGCCCGGGAACUUAUUGGUGUCUUUUGAAGAUGUUGAGGGUGUCGAUUCUGCCAAAGUGGAGCUUAUGGAGAUAGUAUGUUGUCUCCAAGGAGCUAUUAACUACAGCAAGCUAGGUGCCAAAUUACCACGAGGGGUACUGCUCGUGGGCCCCCCAGGUACAGGAAAGACGUUACUAGCACGAGCUGUCGCAGGAGAAGCCGGGGUGCCCUUUUUCUCGGUUUCCGCUAGUGAAUUUGUCGAGUUAUUUGUCGGCAGAGGGGCGGCCCGCAUAAGGGAUCUUUUCAGCGUCGCAAGAAAGAGUGCGCCUUCGAUUAUUUUCAUCGACGAACUCGACGCUGUCGGUGGUAAACGUGGUAGAAGUUUCAAUGACGAAAGAGACCAAACAUUGAACCAGUUGCUGACGGAAAUGGACGGAUUUGAGUCGGAUAUAAACGUAGUUGUUAUAGCUGCAACGAAUAGACCAGAGGCUUUGGACCCGGCUCUGUGUAGGCCUGGUCGAUUCUCGAGAAAGGUGUAUGUAGGAGAACCAGACGAAGAAGGAAGGAAAAAGAUUUUAGCCAUACAUUUAAAAGGGGUUCCUCUCGAAGAAGAUGUAACCCUAAUUUGCAAUUUGGUUUCGUCUGUUACUCAAGGCUUUGUCGGCGCCGAUCUUGCAAACAUUGUUAACGAAUCUGCCCUUCUUGCUGCUCGCAGAGGGGCUGAAAAAGUAUCGAGGGAAGAUAUAAUGGAAGCUAUAGAAAGAGCGAAAUUCGGAAUAAACGAGAGGCAAACGAGCGCUACUACAAUAAGCAAGGAACUGGUUAAGUUGUUUCCUUGGAUGCCUUCUCUUACGAAUAGAAACAAUUCGAGAAAAGAUCCACAACCUCCACUCGGCUAUCAAACUUUAAGCUAAUAAGUGUACGUUUUCGUUUUUUUUUCUUAAUAUAUUCGAACUCGUACAUUUUGGCUAUCAUUAUCCGAGUGUCUUUCUGCGUUUUUUGAUGAUUAUAUUCCGUGUUUGAAAUUCUUGAUUGAUUAGUUUUUUUCGAAUUACUGGCUAUAACACGUUAUACAUGUAAGUUAUUUUAGUCUUCA